GGCGACGACACACACCGCCCCGCCGCAUCACACACACCGCACCGCACCGCACGGUACCGCGCGGCACCGCACAGCCGGCCCCCGUCCAUCGGCCCCGCGGCAGCAGCGGAGCGGCGACCCGCACACACCCCGCACACGCCCCGCACACACCCGGCUUCCAGGCGCGCGCAGCCCGCAGCCCGCUGUGACGGUGGACCUAACGUCGCCUUACUUUGUGGACAUGGGAGACAUGGGGGACCCGCCGAAAAAGAAGCGGCUGGUUUCUCUGUGCGUGGGCUGCGGGAACCAGAUCCACGACCAGUACAUCCUGCGCGUGUCCCCGGACCUGGAGUGGCACGCGGCCUGCCUCAAGUGCGCCGAGUGCAGCCAGUACCUGGACGAGUCCUGCACCUGCUUCGUCCGGGACGGGAAGACCUACUGCAAGCGGGACUACAUCAGGUUAUACGGGAUUAAAUGCGCCAAAUGCAACAUCGGCUUCAGCAAGAACGACUUCGUGAUGCGGGCCCGGUCGGUCUACCACAUCGAGUGCUUCCGCUGCGUGGCGUGCAGCCGGCAGCUCAUCCCGGGGGACGAGUUCGCCCUGCGCGAGGACGGCCUCUUCUGCCGGGCCGACCACGACGUGGUGGAGCGGGCCAGCCUGGGCCCCGGGGACCCGCUCAGCCCGCUGCACCCCGCGCGGCCGCUGCAGAUGGCAGCAGAACCGAUCUCGGCGCGGCAGCCGGCGCUGCGGCCGCACGUGCACAAGCAGCCGGAGAAGACGACGCGCGUGCGGACGGUGCUGAACGAGAAGCAGCUGCACACGCUGCGGACCUGCUACAACGACCCGCGGCCCGACGCGCUCAUGAAGGAGCAGCUGGGGAUGACCGGCCUCAGCCCGCGCGUCAUCCGGGUCUGGUUCCAGAACAAGCGCUGCAAGGACAAGAAGCGGAGCCUGCUCAUGAAGCAGCUGCAGCAGCAGCAGCCCAACGACAAGACGAACAUCCAGGGCAUGACGGGAACCCCGAUGGUGGCGGCCAGUCCGGAGCGGCACGACGGCGGCCUGCAGGCCAACCCGGUGGAGGUGCAGAGCUACCAGCCGCCCUGGAAGGUGCUCAGCGACUUCGCCCUGCAGAGCGACAUCGACCAGCCGGCCUUCCAGCAACUGGUCAGCUUCUCGGAGGGGGGUCCCGGCUCCAACUCGACGGGCAGCGAGGUGGCGUCCAUGUCGUCGCAGCUCCCGGACACGCCGAACAGCAUGGUGUCCAGCCCCAUCGAGGCCUGAGCGCCGGACUCCCCCCCCCACCGCGACCCCCGGCCCACCCCACCGCACCAAAACAACCCCUGGUUGUAAUUUUGACACUGUGAAGACAAUCAUGGGAUUUUCUUUAUAAAAAAAAAAACAAAAAAACAAAAAUGAAAUACCCCCCUCCCAUAAUAACAGGGUGGGGGACCGACCCCCUUCCCCCGGCCCCCCCAUGCCUGGUUCCUGGUUCCAGUUGCCAAAAAAGUGGAAAAGAAAGAAGAAGAGCUGAACCUGGCUCCCUGCAGACUUUCAGUGAAAAACAGACUUGAAGCUGAUUUUUUUCUUUUCUUUUUAAAGAAGAUCCAUCCAGGCAAAAAACGACGAGGAAGAGACGGCUUUCCUUCAUUUCUAAACACAUCUCGCCGCGACGCCCCCAGUACUCAAAAGCAUUUGCAACAAGGUAUACCUCUAUCUGACCACAAGCUCCGUGGGACGUUUGUGUGAGUUCGUGUCCGUCCGAGACUUUUUAUUUCCCAAAGAUGUGUAAAUUAAUAAUAAUGAUGAUAAUAAUAAUGAUAA